AGUGCUCAACACAACACCAACAGAACAAAACCUCGCACACCGCACAACAAUCGUACGACACACGACUUAUUCUUAUAUAUCUAUAAAUAAUAUAUUGUGAUAUUUACUGUGAUUAAACUGAGUGCAAUAAACGUUUAAAAGUGAUAUUUAUGUCAUAAAUUAUAUAAAAUGUUGACAAGCUCAAAGUGGUUAAUUUUAAUAGGAAUUACUGCUGUUCAAAUUACCGUUUCAGAAAGCCAACAAAAUGAUCAACCAAACGGGGAGAAACCAAAGUCAGUGAGGCAAUUAUUUAAUACGACUUCCUGUAUACCACCGCCAUACAGAUGUCCACACCCAAAAAUGCAGUUUUAUUUAUACACAAGAUCGACACAAGCAAAAGGCGAAUUACUAAAUACAUUGGACAACGACUCCUUAACCGCAUCGAGAUUUAACCGAAACCAUCCUACAAAAAUCGUGGUGCACGGUUUUGGGGGCGGUAGAAAUUUAUCCCCUAGUACGGACAUGAGAAACGCAUACUUUACCAAAGGAAACUACAAUAUAAUCAUAGUUGAUUAUGGAAGUCUAGUCAAGGAACCAUGUUUGGGUCAGAUAGAGUGGGCUCCUCGGUUUGCCGGCCUAUGCAUCGCACAACUGGUGGAAUAUCUACAGAACCACCCAACAAAGUCGGUGCAGCCUGAGCAGAUCCACACGAUUGGAUACAGUGUGGGCGCACAUAUCCUCGGCCUCGUCGCUAAUUACCUCAAAGUUGGCAAACUCGGCAGAAUUACUGGUUUAGACCCAACAAUUUUAUUCUACAUGGGCAACAAUCGAUCUCGAGACUUGGACCAUACCGACGCAUUGUUUGUGGACGUGCUACACACAGGCGCAGGGAUACUGGGCCAGUGGGGUCCUAAUGGACACGCCGACUUCUACGUCAAUGGUGGGUCCAGUCAGCCAGGAUGCGCGCACGAUACGAUUUUCCAGACAUUGUCCUGCGACCACACGAAGGUGACACCAUACUUCAUAGAGUCAAUUAACAGUCGCGAAGGAUUUUGGGCGGGGCCUUGUUCUAGUUUAUUUUCUUACUUGAUCGGUUGGUGCGAACCGCAAGACACGGAUUAUGUCCUUAUGGGCGAAUAUGUCGAUCGCAAUGCUCGAGGCGUGUACUACGUUACAACGAAUGCGAAGCCACCAUACGCACGAGGUUUCCCCGGCAGAAGUCGAAGACUGCGUUCCAUUACUCCAUACAGCUGAUGAACAUCAAAACUAAAUUAAUAAGCGUAAAAAUUGCGGUAAUUUAUUGUUCAGCAGUUUGGUCACUUAUGUGCGUUUCAAUCAGUAAUGUAAACUAAUUGCAGUUCGCAAAUAUGUCUGUUAUUUAAAAAUUAUCAAAAAAACUAAUUAUACAGUUACGUAACGUUACAAAAUUAAUAUUAGGUAUAAGUUUUUCAUUUUAUAUUAACGUAAUAAAGAAAAUAUAGAAUUAAGUGUGUAUGCCGUCCGUUAUUCGUUGUGACGCGACUCUAGUCUCUCAAACUGCUUAACAAUACGAUUGUUCCGCGAUACUAGAUCUUUUAUUAAAUUAUUUCAGUUAGUCACCGCCAUUGAUUACGUAACCGAAAUUUAAAUGCAAUAUAUUUCCACCUACGUGAAUUUUACUUUAUAUAAUAUGUUGCUU